CUGCUUUGAGAUUAAACUCCCGCAGCCAACGCAAACAAAGAGAGAAAAAACGAUCGGAAAGGGAACGGCCCCGGCAGAAUCGUGCCGCAAGCCAGCGCUGACGCCGCCUUCCGCCGUCCGGCGACCGCCGUCCGCGAAACGAAGUCGCGUCAUCUUCAAGCUUCAUCGCCGGCAUCGCCAAUUUCUCGCCCGAAGCCUGCUUCGCCGCCGCUCUCCACCCGGACGCAAGACCCAGCGCCGCCGCCGGCAUCACCGGAUCGAAGAGCAAAACGCGAAACGAAGCCCAAAAACGGAGAUACAACAGGUAAUAUCUUAUAUCUUCAAGCUGAAAUUCUUGAUUGAUUGUUGAAGAGGGCUGGAUAUAACCAGAAUUGUAAAAUAUAUUUUGACAAAAGGAAGGAAAAAAAGACACAAGCACGUCGCUAUGGCGAAGUUUAAUUCGUCGGAAUCGGUGAAAAUUGACAGUCGAUUGGUACGGAUGUGCAUCGAAGCCGCGACUGAGAGCCGCGACGCCAUCGAGGCCUGGCGGAGACAGCGCCGCACUCUGGAGCGCUUGCCUUCACAGCUUGCUGACGUUCUCUUCCACCGCCUCCUCCGCCGUCGCCUCCUCUUCCCUUCUCUGCUCGAAGUCUUUAAACAUUGUGUGGAAGAAGUAAACUUGAAAGGCGAGAAUAGUGUGGAUGCAGAAUGGAUGGCCUAUUUAGGUGGCUUCCACUACUUGCGCACUCUGAAUCUGUCAGAUUGCCGAAAAAUGAGUAGUUCCUCUCUAUGGCCUAUUACAGGCUUGACAAACUUGAAGGAACUUGACCUCUCUAGAUGCUCAAAGCUUACUGAUGCUGGAAUCAGGCAUCUUUUAUCUAUUCCAGUGUUGGAGAAGUUGUGGAUUGCAGAAACAGGUGUAACUGCAGAGGGAGUUAUACUUCUCCGUUCGCUAACCAAUUUAUCUUUAUUGGAUUUGGGAGGAUUACCUGUAACUGAUGUAGCUCUGUGUUCUCUACAGGCUCUCACUAAACUGCAAUAUUUAGAUAUCUGGGGAAGUGAAUUAUCUAACAAAGGAGCUUCUGUUCUUAAAAUGUUCCGGGGAUUAAGUUUCUUGAACUUAGCUUGGACAAAGGUUACAAGUUUGCCAACUCUGCCCUCUCUUGCUUACCUGAACAUGAGUAACUGCAUUGUAAAUUCUGUAUUUGAAGGAGAAGGUGGUAAAGUGAUGGUGGAAAGACUUAUUCUAUCUGGAGCUACAAUCUCAGAUGGCUCUGAAGCCUUUCAAUAUGUAGAAGCCUCUCGCUUGGCUCUUCUGAAUUUGUCCAACUCUUCUCUUAAUUCGUUCAGUUUUUUGAGGUGUAUGAAUGCCAUAACAGAACUAGAUCUGAGUGGUUGCUGUGUGGGAGAUGAGUCUGUUGAAUACAUUGAAUGCAUUGGAGCAAGUUUACGAUAUUUAAAUCUCAGCAAGACAAAAGUAAGCUCAGCUGGAGUGGGUACCUUAGCUAGACAUGCUCCUAAUCUUGAAACUUUGCUGUUGUCUUACACUGGCAUUGAUGAUAAUGCCAUUGCAUACAUCAGCACAAUGCCAUUACUAAAGUUUAUCAGCCUAAGUGGUACAAAUGUCAAAGGUCUCCUUAACCAUGUGGAAUCUGAUAAUGUUUGGAACUCACUGUCAGCAUUUCAUAGUCUAGAUCACUUAGAAAGGUUGGAGUUGGAGGAGACUCAAAUUAAGGACGCAACACUAUCCCCUCUGUCGAGCAUCUGUAAAUUGGGCUAUUUAUCUUUACGAAGUGGACCCCUAACGGAUGCCUGCUUGUAUCAUUUGUCACAAAUUAGAAACUUGAUAAAUCUUGUGGUUCGUGAUGCUGUGCUAACAAAUGCAGGGCUGUAUACCUUCAACCCCCCAUCAGGUUUAGAAAUGCUUGAUCUGAGAGGGUGCUGGCUCCUAACAGAUGAUGCUCUCUUGUCAUUUUGUCAAAAACACCCUUCAAUUGAAUUGAAGCAUGAGCUUGUCAGCACUUCCCCCUUUGACAAAGCUGGAUCUCAUCACUCAUCUCCAUCACAACAUACCUCAAGGAACUCAGAAUACAAACACAAGCACAAUAAACUACCCUCGACGCCACUUAGGUUCAAAAACGAGAGCUUCAUUGAUCAAAGACUGAAGUACAGCAGAGAUGAACUACUAGCCAUGAGCUUUGUGUCAUCAACAUCUUCUCCUUCCAAUGCCAGUUGAUGUCAAUCUGAUACUUGAAAAAAAAAGAAAAAAAAAAAAGACCUCUAAAUUCUGUAAAAUUCGUGUAAAACAUGAAGUUUGGGUCAUUUGUAACCUUAGCAAAUUCAUUUUCUGUAGUUUCCCUGAUCAAACUAAGAAGUUAUCAGGAACCAUGCAUAGCACUGAAUAGGGUCAAAGUACAUGUGAGGUCUCUGUACUGCAGUGUUUUGUUCAAUUUAGGUCAAUUUAAUCCUUAUAUUGUAAGAUUUAGAACAAUUAAGGAUAAUACUUAACACCGUUUAUUUUUUCCGUUAA